CAGCAGCCUCGCACUCGUUGCGCUUCGCAAAAAAUCGUUCUGGUGCUUGUCCCAACUUUAUACUUGAACCAUAAGCUCAUCGUUAAAAGACUUUCGUCGUCAAUAUUAAAGACAUCCUUUCACCACAAACCCAUUGGCAAUCGAAUUUAUUUGUGAUAAUGGCCCGAAUCUUCUCCAUCCAGAAAUUGGCUGCAGCUGCGGCCGCAGCUAGUACCGUAGCUCCGGCUUUUUUCACCGGAGUCAAAGCAGUGAAGAUGAAUAACGUUUUCAACGAUAAAGUCAAGAGCGCUUCCGUGGUGCAGCGCUCGUUGGGCAAGACCGGCGUGAAUGCCGGGCCGAUUUCCCACUCCGGAGUGUUAAUGAAAACGGAAUCUGGAAAAGAAUACAUCGCGCACCACCCCGGGCUAUGCUGUGCAAAAGUAUCGUACUAGUAUAAAUUGCAUUAGCAUUACAAAUUAAUAUUAAAUUUGUAAUGCGGAUUUGCCUUAAAAGAGAGAUUUGUAAUGCAUAACCGCAAUCAGUACGAGUGCGAUACUUUUGCAGUUCAUACGGGCCGGGCCAGCCUGCGGUGGUGACGGACGCGAAACACAUGUCGAACGAUUGGAAGGAGAAGGAGAAGUUGAAAGUCGAAGUAUCGCAUGUAAAAACGUCUCCACGAGGACCCCAUAAGUAGUCAAGAUGGGAAAUCUGCUAGACAAAUCAGCCUGCUUUGGAUGUUGCGCAUGACAAGUUUGGCCUCGACGUAGUGCAGUCCUGUUUAUUCGCUUGCUCAGCAGCAUCACAGAUCUAGCCCAUUACUCUGGUUGGAGCACUACAAAUAAUUCCAAAGCGCGGGGGCUACAAGACGGCUGUCAUGGGGAUCAUCCGCAUGAGAAGCAUUUUGAGCAUGCAGAUUUGCAUGCCAAGAACUUACUAUGGGGUAAGUAUACUAUGGGCCCCGUUUUUACAUAGGAUACGAACCCGGAAAGACCGUCGGGUCCGCCUUUAACUCCGCGGGGGGGAGUAAAAGCAACAGCAGCUACUUCAACCCGGCAGCCCCGACCUGCCACGGAUUCUCGAACACCGUCGCCUACGCAGUGCAGAUAUGUCUGGGUCUGGAAGGAUGUAACUUGUGAUGCACACGUGCAUACUACAAAAAUCUGUAUUGCAUAAAGAGGCCCUGUUUUUGCCAAGGCGAGAGGGCAUUUCUCAUGCUGUAUAGGCAUCAGGAAGCCCUCGCGCAAUCUGUGCUGCUAGGGCAUGCAUCACAGACGUCAGGAGUCAUGCAAAAUGCGCAUGACAAACCUUGCAUCCUUCCAGACCAAGACAUAUUUGCACUUGAUAUCGCGGACCAUUUAACCACGAAUCCGCAAUUGCAGCAAAAGGCAUUGGAUCAGUUCAUGCAGGACCCUGAUCGGACGAAACCCAUGAACGUUUCCAACCGGUCUUUCCAGGGACAAAUGUAUCAACUGUAAAAAUGUCUGGGUCUGGAAGAAUCCAACUUGUCAUGCUGAUUUUGGAUUCUAAAAAAAUCUGUAUUGCAUGAGCAGCAAAGAGAGUCCAAGUUUUGCUACACGGAAAGAGCAUUUGUCAUGCGGCGUAGGCAUCAGGAAGGCCUCACAAAAUCUGUGAUGCUAGGGCAUGCAUCACAGCCAUUAGGAGUCAUGCAAAAUGUGCAUGACAAACCUCGCAAUCUUCCAGACCCAGACAUUUUUACAUUUGAUAAAAUGCUCCAAGGAGCGAUGCGGCAUCAGGAAGAGGUGGCCCGGCGGCAAGCGGCAAGGAGUGCCGGCGGGUUGGGGCGGGGGAGCUCAUCUUCUUCCUCGUCCAAGCAGGAUGGGUGUAAAACGCAGUAAAAAAGUUCUUUCUACGAAGGUGUCGACUGUCGGACGCUGCGGCAGGGCGGGGAAACGAAAAUGAGUUCAGGAACAAUAAGUAUGAAGCCGGGCUUUGUUUUCAGACUCGAUCCUCCUAUGCUGCUGCAGUUUCGGUGCGUCGAAAUCGUCCUCGUCGAGCAAGGUUGCGGGUGCGCCAGCGCUGAUAUCUCGUGUACAACUACUUCCGCAAGAUCUUCGUAGUGCAAGAAGUGGUAUUUCUACUUCUACAGCGGCUUCAAUCCACCUCAUCUCAGGAACAAGUAUUUUUCAUCGACUAAGAUCAAGAUGGAAGAAGCGGCACUAUCCCAGGAAGGAGCCGCGUAAAAAAUGCCGCGGGUCCUCGUCGUGGUGAUUCAGAAGAAGACUGAGAGGAAGGAGUUGUUGUAUACUGUACAACAUAGGCAGCGUUCUGAUAGAAGUAGCACGGUGCUGCGUAGAAAUUGAAAUAUGACCUGAGUAGAAUAGAUAUCGAAAUCGAAAAGUUAUAAUGUGCGAAGGGUCGUCAACAAACGGGGUGUAGUAAGUAAGUCCCAGGUAGCUCGUCCUUCUCGGGAGCCUUUUCCCGCCGACGCACCGGAGCUUUCUACAUCAUGACGUUAUUUCGCAGCAGGUUUACGUUUAUUUGUAAUACGAAUUUGAAACUUGAAUUGGUACUGUAUGAAAAUGAAAGUGAAUUAUUAGAAUCGGAAAGAUUUUUUUCCGCACCAUAGCAAACAUUAGGGAAGUAGUGCCGUUUCGUUGCCAUGAUGCAGGCAGAUUUUGGAUUUAUUGAGUACGCACUCAACUACACAAUCGCGGCUCGAGCGUUGACGUUGAGGUCGUGCAAAGAUGAGGGCUCUGUUGACCAGGACGAGUACAAGAACCCUUCACAACUACCAACUGGCCGCAUUACAAAUUCCUUUGGUUCGCAUCCGCCCCCGGGCUUGGCGGAAUAGAAGAGCAGUAACGCAACAUCUGUGUUCAUCUC